GCCGGAGGGGCCGGGGACUGCCUGGGAGGCGGCGCCGACUGGCGGGGCGGGGGCCCCGAAGUGGGUUUCGGGCCGCCACCCGCGCUGGCACCGGGCGCGAAGGGCGGUGCGCGGCAGACUCUGCGCCCGGGCACCGCACCGGGCCGCCUCCGGAUCUGCCGUUCUGCCCCGGCCCGGAAAACCCGGCGCCUUCCAGGCCCUUCGAAAGAUGGAUUCUGUUGACGUAUCUGGCGGCCCUGGCGAGCCGGGUGGAAAGUUGGGUUUUGCCAGAUCGCGCUGGGCUCCUCUUUGUGACGCCCGGCCAGCACCGCAUCCCCCCGGAACCGGGCUUCCUAGGAAGCAUGAAGCAGUCAACUUGCAUAAGGCCUGUCUUGAAUCUGACUAUCUCUCACCUUUGGGUGAACAGAAUGUCACACUGAGGAGGGUGGCAGCCUUGUCUGGACAUGGAUGUCUACUGCCAAACAGUCAACGUCUCUGAGGAUUUUGGUAUUUAUGAAUCCAGGUUUCCUAGUGAUUCAAUUGCUCCUUGGAAGACCAAGUGACAUCAGAGCCGAGUGAUGGACGAUCUGCAGUCCCAGAACCUCUCCAUGGACAUGACUGACUCCCCUCCUGCCUUGACCAAUAACAGACUGGAGAAUGGCAUGGCCCAGCUGAUCACCACUGAGGCCUGGAACAUAAACUCCACUGACCUGGUAAAGAAGGCUCUGGUGACCGUGCCAGCUCCAUCCAUUCUGAACCCCCCUGCCGAGUCCCAGAGUGGUAUGGCUUUGAAGGUGGCGGCCACUGUGCUGCAGCCCCUUUGCCUCGGGGAGAGCCCGGUGGUGAUGCCCAUUCACAUGCAGGUGGAGGGAGGCUCUGCACCAGAGCUCAACCCCAACAGCAACACCACCUACGUCAUGACCACGCAGGGCCCCAUGCAGUUGCCUGUGGUGCUGGAGCAGCAUGUCUUCCAGCACCUCAACUCUCCUCUGGUCCUGCCUCAGGAGACCCCAUGCUCCUCCAAUGCCAUCCACAACAACCUCUUCCAAGGAGCCGAGGACCCUGUGGCUCAGCCCCAGCUCCUGGACCUAAGAAUCCCCAGCCAGCCGCAGGAGCCUACAUUGCCAUUCGAAGCUGUGCUCCAGAAUUUGUUUCCCUCCCAGGGUGCCCUUGGCCCCCCGCCUUGUCAGCCUCCUCCUGGCUAUGCUCCUGUCCCCCCACAGCCCUUUAACUCCCCUUUGUCCCCCCUUGUCCCACCAGCCACCCUCUUGGUACCCUACCCUGUGAUCGUUCCCUUGCCUGUGCCGGUCCCCAUUCCAAUCCCCAUCCCGGUACCUCAGAGUUCUGAAUCCAAGUUCAGUCCCAGUUUCCCCAAGCCGCCAUCUUCCUUUGGCCUGCACCCCUUUAAAGGCACCCAGACUUCUCUGGAAAAGGAUGAACUGAAGUCUUUUGACAUCCUCCAGCCCAAGGAGUACUUCCAGCUCAGCCGCCACACGGUCAUUAAGAUGGGGAAUGAGAAUGAGGCCCUGGAUCUCUCCAUGAAAUCAGUGCCCUGGUUCAAGACUGGUGAAGUCAGUCCCCAAAUAUUCCAGGAAGAUGCAGCCCUAGACUUGUCACUGGCAGCCCACCGGAAAUCAGAUCCUCUUCCCGAGACACUGUAUGACAGCAGUGGAUCAGUGGAGAACCCAGGUCACGCCGUGAUAGAGAAACUUUCCGGUAGCAUGGAAAUUCCCUUUACCCCUGUCACACCCCAUGAGGCCUCAGCGACAGUGGAUAGCCACAUGAGCAGCAGUGAUGCCACCACUGAGAUGCUCAGCCAGCCAAGCCAAUCCAGUGGCGAGGUCAAGGCUGAAAAUAACAUUGAGAUUGUAAGUGAGUCGCAGGCGGCCAAGGUCAUUGUCUCAGUCGAAGACUCUGUGCCUACCAUAUUCUGUGGCAAGAUCAAAGGCCUCUCGGGGGUGUCCACCAAAAACUUCUCCUUCAAAAGAGAAGACUCCAUGCUUCAGGGCUAUGACAUCAACAGCCAAGAGGAAGAGUCCAUGGGAAACGCAGAGCCCCUUAGGAAACCCGUCAAAAACCGGAGCAUAAAGUUAAAGAAAGUGAACUCCCAGGAAAUACAUAUGCUCCCAAUCAAAAAACAACGGCUGGCCACCUUUUUUCCAAGAAAGUAAAUAAUGGCUUUUUAAAAUUUUUAUGAUUAUAAUAUGGGGAAAGGUGCAUUGGUUUUAUAAAAAGGCAUUUAAAGCAAAUUAUCUUUGUUAAUUAUUUCGGGGAGUAGUUGGGAAAUGGAAAGGUGAAUUGGCUCUAGAGGCCCUGUAAGCUAGUGUCAUUUUCUUUUUUAAUUUUUGACUUUUCACAAAUGAGUAAAUAAGAGCAACCUAUUUUUCAAGCAGAUUGCACAUUUUUUGCAGCUUUAAUGGAAUAUUGGGUGAAUCAGAGGGGUAAAAAAAAGCUAUUUUCAUUGCCACAAAGUGCUUUGAUGAUGUAAUACCUAAUAAAGGGUAGGAUGAAUAUUUCACAAUAAAUGUUUGUUUGCACUAA